CUUCCUUUUCCAUAGAGCUAUAUUGUACUUGCUCUACAAGAAUAUAUACUUAUGAGCAUAUAAUCAUCUCUGUUCUUUCCUCUUUCCCCUUAUAUUAAGUAUUAACAUACCACUAUAUAGUAAUCCUAUAUCCAUAAUCCUUUCUUUUUCUUUAAGCUAUGUUGUACUUGAUAUACAAGAAUCUUUGCCUAUGAGCAUAUAAUCAUCUUUGCUCUCCCCUAAUUCCCCUUAUACUGCAUAAAUAGCAACUUAGCAAGUAACAUUGUUCUUCCUUCCUAAAACACCCAAAACCAACCCAAAAAGAACUAAUCAAAAGAAAUGAUGAAGUCUUUCAGCCGUGUUAGUCCAAAAUCAGCCUCAUCUUCGCCUAAACCAAAGUCAAUUAAUCACCAAGAAAAUUUUGGAACUAACAUGAUCAAGCAUGAACUUAUUCUCCGAAUCCCAGGAAGUGUUGUGAACUUGAUGGAAGAAGGAGAGACCAUAGAGCUAGCACGAGGCGACUUCUCUGUAUACGUCCUCUCAGACCAAAAUAUCUCCCUUGCUACCAUCAUCAAAGUCGCGGACAACCUCCAAUGGCCGCUCACAAAAGAUGAGCCAGUGAUAAAGCUUGAUGCUCUUCACUACCUCUUUACUUUACCCAUGAAAGGGGGUGAUCCAUUAAACUAUGGGGUGACUUUCUCCGAACGAUGUGACAAAAAAUUAUUAAGCUCAUUAGAUUCCUAUCUUAAACAACAUUCUUGCUUCUCUUGUUCAUCUAAAUUCAAUGGGAGAAACGAUCUCGAUUGGAAAGAGUUUGCUCCUAAGGUUGAAGCUUAUAAUGGAGUUGUAGCUCGGGCAAUCGCCGAAGGAACUGGUCAGAUCGUUAAGGGGAUUUUCAUGUGUAGCAAUGCUUACACCAACCAGAUGCAAAAUGGAGGGGAAUUGAUUCUUAGCCAGGAGAACAACAAUGUGAAAAUCACACCAGCAAAAACCAAAAGCAACAAAAGCACUGUAUCUAGAAACAACUCCAUGAAUCAAAGCAUAAAGCGUGUGAGAAAGUUGUCAGAUACAACACAAAAAAUGAGCAAAACGAUGCUAGAUGGAGUAGGAAUAGCCAGUGGAUCAGUGAUGGGGCCUUUAGUUAAUUCUAAACAGGGAAGAGCUUUUUUUUCUAUGAUGCCUGGAGAGGUUCUUCUGGCUUCAUUUGAUGCUCUUGAUAAGAUAAUGAAUGCCGCUGAGGCUGCUGAGCAACAAGCUCUUUAUGCCACCUCUGGAGCUGCAACUAGGAUGGUAUCUAAUAGGUUCGGAGAAAAUGCAGGGGAAGCCACUGAAGAUGCGCUUGCCACUGCUGGACAUUGUGCUGGCACAGCUUGGAACAUAUUCAAGAUAAGAAAAGCUAUUAAUCCAGCUUCUGCUGCCUCUUCUGGAGCUUUGAGGACUACAGGAAAGGCCAUAAAAUCUUGAAAAAGGAGUAUAAAUCAUAUAAAAGGGAUUGAUAAUUAGUAUGAAAAAAAACUCUAUAUAUAUAUUUUUGAAGUUAGUAUUUGUAUAAUUUGUUGUUUCAAAGAAUUGUUUGUUGAGUGGUAUUACUAUUAUUAAAUCUGUAUUGGGGAUGGAUUCCAAUUUAUAUGAGCAUCCAUUUGUAUAAGAAUAAAUCGAAUUUGUCUCUUGUUGAAUACUA